CGACAGCUCUACAGAACAGAACACUACGAGUCCACAGCUCGACAACUUCAUUCCCACGACCUCUUACUGUCUGCUCUUACAUAGCAAAGCAACACCAACAUGUCCUCCCACCGCCUCUUCCGCUUCCCCAGGCCAGCCUGGCUGAACAGCGCGAACACCAGGACCUUCGGCGUCUAUACAGCUGGAGCGUUGUUCUCCCUAGGGUUCUAUCUCUUAAUCGACUGCGCCGUCUUCUCCAAAUCCGCCAUGAACCCGUCCGACCCCCCCGUGCACAUCACCUUCGUAGACUGGAUCCCGGGGAUCUGCUCCGCACUCGGCAUGCUCGUCAUCAACUCGAUCGACAAAUCACGGCUGUCCGCCGACAGCUUUAGUUACUCCGGGAACGGGGUUGCGUGGAAGGCGCGCCUGGUGCUGUUUCUGGGGUUUGCGUUGCUGGCAGGCGGGCUGGCGGGGAGCGUUGUGAUUCUCGUAUUGAAGUAUGUGGUGCCGGAGUACACGUGGCCGACGAUCUGGAUGGGAGUGGGGAAUGUGGUUGCGAAUGGGCUGGUUAUGCUUAGUUCUGCUGUGCUCUGGGUUGCGCAGAAUAUGGAGGAUGAGUAUACUUACAACCUUGCUCUUUGAGCACACAGGAGAUAUCUUGGAGAAGAGUGGACAACGGCUGAAGUGUGGCGCAGCACGUCGAGAUGUGUGAUAUCAAUAGUAUAUCCACGGUUUCACCAUAUCACGUUUGAGCAUUUUCUCUUAUAUGUACAAUUAACUGGAAGGCGUAGUGGACAGUUUUUUGUGUCAAAUCAUCCAUUUACAGCACCAACGAUCGCAGUUGGACAAGUUGGAUAUGCCGUGCUAUAUCUUCAAUAGAACAAAUGCAAC